AUAUGUGUCUUAAUGUAUAUAAUUCGUACAACAAGGUUGUGAGAAAGGCAUUAGUACUUGAGGCUAUUAAACCAUUUUCUGAUAUUAUUCCUCAUCUUCUCUUUCAUACUGGCUUCUUUGAGGGAAAGGGCAUUUCAGAAGAAGAAGCUUUGAAACCAUUAGUUGUAAAAAUGAUUCCAAAACUUCCACAACAAAAUAAUGGUGGAGAUUGUGGAAUCUAUGUAAUUAAGUAUGCCCAGUACUUCAUUAAUGGAAUGCUAAAUGAGAUGCCAAAGUCUUUUAAUGUUCCACAUCUUAGAAGAAAUUUGGCAGCUCAACUAUAUGCUUAUGGAAAGAAGAAGCAAGAAGAGGAAUAUGAUACAGACAAUGAAUGGGUGUCAAAGGAAAUGGAGUAGCUAUAUCCUGAUGUGAUAGAGAAGUAGGUGA